GGAACGGGUACCCGUCCCAUGCUCUCCCCUAGCCUAUACCUCCCUAUUAAGUUAACAUUGUCAUUAACCUAAUUAAGAAAUCGGUGCUUAAAUUAGGAAAAAAGAAAUUAAAAAGAAAAAUUUAAAGCCAUUGGUAUGGGCCAAUUGAAUUGAUCGACUCAGCAUAUUCUGGAACUUUCUCUGUAUCACUUUUAACUUCUUCUUUUGGCAAUUUCUGCAUGUAAUAGUGUUUUGAUAAUUUGAUAACGAGUAAACUGCGAAAUACUGUAGUUUCUGGGUGCACAAUUCAACGUGAUUUUUGAUUUUUGGGUCGCAAUUUUAGUUGCAAGAAUUCAACUCCAUGUCUCAGAAUUCUAUGAAUAUUUGUCAAACUUGUGGCAGCAAAGGUUAUGUGGAUCUUCUAAUUCACUGUGUUCAAUGUCAGAUCAAUGCAGUUCAUCGGUAUUGUGUAGAUGGUCCUGCCAAUAUUGACGAUGAUGAAGUUAGAUGGUCGUGUGAGGUUUGUGUUCCUCGAAUGCUCGAGGCCUCUCCAGCAGUUAGAAAGAGUGAACAUAUUGUUUCAAAAGUAGAUCAAGAGACACUACAUGGAUUAGCUCGGAAUAAAUGUUUGAGUAUGUCAAAGGUUGAAGAAUCAAACUGUGUGAAGAAAAGAGCUAAUAAGGGGGCUGAUGACUCAUCUACCUUGAAUGAGAAGAAAAAGGAAUUUGUAAAAAGUAAAGAAGGAAAGUUGAAGAAAAAUAAAAUUGCUUCAAAGAUGGGAGGUUCUGAACCUUCUCCUCUAUUAGGGCAGAAGAAAAAGGUGAACUCUGCUGGUGGUGCAAAGAAGGAAAGUUCAGAUCCUUAUGUGUUUACAGGACAAAAUAUUAAGGACUUGAACUCUUUAUGUGGUGGUGAAGAUCUACAAACAGAUCAGGAAAUGUAUUUGGGUUCUCAGCUAUCUGAGGAAUCAGCCCAUGGCGUGGAAAGAACAGAUAAAGUUGAUGAGAUAAGGGUAGGAGAUUCUGUCUCAGAGAGCUGCCAUAAACAUGGGCAAUCUUUAUCUGGAAUUCAUUCAAGUAUUCUAGAUGAACAGCAAGAAAUUGGGUGUUCUCAAACCUUUAAACAGUCAGAUGGUGCAGAAGACAUAACUUCUGACAAUAUUGGGGAAACAAAAGCUGUUCCUGCUUCUCAUCAAAUGGAUCAAACUCGUAGGAAGAAGAGGAGGUUGGUUAUUUCUGUGGAGUAUUCUGAUUCCGAUGAAGAACCUGUUUACGUCAGGGCUGAUCAUCAUCAGAUUUUACCUAAUGUUAGUGAGGGUUUAACUUAUAUGCAUGGUGAGCCUUCUGCAAAAGGUCUUGAUCAACGGCGUCUAAUGAAGUCACAUGAUCACUGUCCUACUCAACCAUCUCCUAAUAUUAAGUCAGAUGAUUAUAUGCCGCCUCCUAAAUUUUCCAUAGAUCAUGACAAAUGUGUCAUCCCUCCAUUGUCAAAUGUAAUGCCUGAUAUACGUGGCCCUGCGCAGCCAAUAAUGAAUGCAGUAUGGAGGGGAUUUUUUAGCAUCAGUGAUGAUGUGCAUCCUAUGUCUUUUAAACUUGAAGCUCAUUUAUCAAACAAAGCUCAUGAAAAGGUUAUCGGUGCUGCAAGUGCAUUGCCAAAUUCUCUUAGCUUUGAAAUUUUCCAGAAGGCUGAUGCAUGGCCUAAGAGUUUUGAGAUUGCACCUCCCCAUGGUGACAUGAUUGGUCUCUAUUUCUUUCCAGUGGAUGAAAGAGAUGAAAAGAGGUAUGAGGUUCUACUUGACAAGAUGAUUGAGGAUGAACUUGUGCUGAAAUCUCGCAUCAACAAUUUGGAGCUUUUGGUUUUUUCUUCACAAGAAUUACCUCGAGAAGAAUGGAGAUUCCGUAGUAAAUACUAUCUAUGGAGUGUCUUUAAGCCUAAGCAAGAAACUUUCUUGACAAGUGGGCUGCCUGGUUCCCAAAUCAGUGACUCUAUGUACCACAAAAAGGAUUUGGGCAUUGCUGAGAAAGUAGGAGUUCAACGUGUCCUUCAAGCGUAGAUGAACUGCUAGGGAGAAAUAAUCAUUGAUGAAGACAGACUGCUUGGGAUAAAAUGCAGUAGUCAGCUGUGACGAAGAUACACUGCUUGGGAGAUUUUGUAAGCUUCGAGGCCAGUACAUUAAAUAUCUAGAGAUGCUUCCUUUUUGAAUCAAGAAAAUGUACAGUACACAUGAAAACAGACAGGGCAAGCCAAAGAAAAAGUGUAAGGAUGCGCCUAUUAGGAUUUAGGAAGUUUUUCACAUACACAUAGUUCAUACAAGUCUGAUAUGCCUCAGUUUUGAACAUAGUUUUUCUUUGAAUAUGUUUACUAUCAGCAAUUUUGUAGGCCUGUGAUUUAUUUUUUGUAGUUCAUAAUGAUUCACUGCUUCCAGCUCGUGUGGUUGCAUUGGGUGACAUACUUUCAUUCACCCAGUUUUUGGUGAAAGAGGAUACGAGUGUUUGUACAGCAUUGACAAGUCUUAAUUACUCCUUUGUUUUUGUUUUGUUUUUAUUUAUUUUAUUUAUUUAUUUAAUUUUUUUUUUUUUUGUUUUUUGGCCAAAGGUGAAGAUAAAACAUUUUUCAAUUUAAAUUUGAUGACAGUAUUCCUUGUUAUCUAUAGUAUUAUGGCUCUCUGGAGUCUUGGGACAAUAGCAUUGAGUCACUGUCUAAGUUUUUUGAAGCUUAGAGAGGCAUGAUAGAUAUCGGACACAUUGUUGUAGACAAGGAAGAUCAACCGAUGUCUGUGAAAGCCACUAUGCUAUGGGUUUGUGGCAAUGAAGGUAGUGAAUGAGACAUAAACUAGUAGCCUUUAGUGGUUUUGCAUUUGUGCAGUUUGCUACAAUAGAAACAUUAUUGCAUCAGCUGUAUCUAGUCAUUUUAGUGGAAUCUUACAGCAUUAUUGUUGCAUACUCCGUAUAAGUAGCAUUUUGGUGACGUAGGAUGUGCGCAACCAUAAUAUUAUAUAUUCACUCCAUUCUUAAAUUACUUUUCUAUCCGUCCCUAAAUUACA